AUGGAUGUGGAAUAUAUGAGAGUAAGCUCCAAAAGUGCUGCAUCGAUAUUCUCCGGCUCUGGUGGAUCGAGAAGUUGCAAACGAUGUGGAUUCUUCAUACCAAGUUUCAUCAAUUCGAGGAAUGUUGCUGACAAAUUGCAUCGCGCAUCUCUUCCAGCUCUUCCAGCUCGUUGUUUCGCUUGGGCUUUGCUCACGUUGUGA